AUGCUAUCUAAAAUUCCAUUGAAGCUGUGCAAUACUACUAAGAAUAGAGCAGCGUUUGUGGUCAGAUAUUUUCAAACAUAUAAGUUCAUAAACAAUAUAGCAACAACAAACGCAGUAAAAAAAAGAGAUUUUCAUCAAAUACCAUUUACAUUGUACAAUGCCAAUAGAAGAUUUAAAGCUAAGAAAAAAAACAGGGAUAAUAAACCUAAGCCAAUAUCAUUUGUGAUUCCUAAUUAUACCUCUGUUAGUAACCUAGCAAAUCUAUUAAAUGUUAAAAUUGACAACUUGAUCAAAGAUUUAACAAAAUUGGGAUUUAAAAGUGUAUCUCACAAAUAUAUUUUAAAUAAAGAGUACAUAGAAUUAAUUUUGCAAGAAUAUAAUUACGAAUUACCAAACAAUAGCAAUACAGCGAUAACUUCUGAAAAUUGCUACGAUGAAAUACGCGAACCAAUAAAUCCUACAAAGUUAGCAAGUAGACCACCUAUAGUCACAAUUAUGGGUCAUGUUGACCAUGGUAAAACCACAAUUUUAGAUUUUUUACAGAAAACCUCCAUUGUAAGCAAAGAACAUGGUGGCAUUACUCAGCACAUUGGUGCAUUCCAAGUUAUUACGCCUAAAUCUAAACAGAAAAUUACCUUUUUGGACACACCAGGACAUGCAGCUUUUUUAAAGAUGCGUGAAAGAGGCUGUUCGAUAACAGAUAUAGUUGUUUUGGUGAUUAGUAUAGAAGAUUCAAUUAUGCCACAAACUAUGGAAGCUAUUAAACACAUUAAAAAAUAUUCUCCAAUGCCAUCUUUAUCAGCUGAACAGGAUACAGACGAUACGUUGACGCCAUUAAUUGUAGCUAUCACUAAAAUUGACAGAAUAUCAAAUACAAGAGAAAGGGAGGCUAAGAUUAAUAAAAUUAGUAACGAUUUAAUAGUUCAAGGAAUACCUAUUGAGAAAAUUGGUGGCGACGUCCAAGUUAUUCCCGUAAGUGCCAAUACUGGAGAAAAUAUGGACACUUUAGAGGAAGGUAUUGUUUUAUUAAGCGAAAUGAUGGAUUUAAAAGCUGAACAAGAAUCAAAUUAUAUGGAAGGUUGGAUUUUAGAAUCUCAAAUGAAAAAAUCACUGGGAAAUGUUGCCACAAUUUUAAUUAAGAGAGGCCAGUUACGAAAGGGCAAUAUCUUGUUAUGUGGCAGUACAUAUUGCAAAGUUCGUAAUUUACUAGACUCCAAUGGCCUACCAGUGUUGAAAGCCUUACCUUCUGAAGCUGUCGAAGUUAUUGGUUGGAAAGAAUUACCUGUAGCCGGCAGUGACGUAUUGCAAGUGAAAAAUGAAAGUGUUGCCAAAAAAUAUAUUAGUAAGCGUCAAAAUCUAUUAGAAAUUGAAGCUGAAAAUUCGCAAGUUGACAAACUAAAUGAAGAAAUUGCAGAGCAAGAAAUCGAAAAAAGACACAAAAAAGAUCAAAGGAAAACCGAAGAAGAAUAUGAUGCUGAAAAUGAUGAUGAAGAUGUCAAGGACAACGACAGUGUUAAGCAAAAAAAUACCAGCCCAAGAAAACUUAGCUUCAUUAUUAAAGCAGAUGUCUCUGGUUCUGUGGAAGCUAUUAUCGAAUCUAUUAGUCACAUUGGUAAUGAUGAGGUUAAAACAGAUAUAAUAUCAUCUUCGGUUGGAUUACCCACUGAAAGUGAUUUGAAAAUGGCUCGUAUUACUAAUGCAAAAAUCUUAUGUUUUAAUUUGGGCCAUAUUCCAACUGAAAUCAUAAAUAACAAGUAUAAUAUCGAGGUUAGACAGUACACGGUUAUCUAUAAGUUAAUUGAAGAUGUUAUCCAAAUUCUAACGGAUAAUUUGAAACCCAUUUACGAAGAUAAAAAGUUAGCCACGGUAGAAAUUAGAGACAUUUUUAAUUUCACUUUAAAGAAGAAAAUAAUUAAAAUUGCUGGCUGUAGAGUUAUUAAUGGUAAGAUACAAAGAAAUUCCUUAGUUAAAAUCAUAAGAAACGAUGACGAAAAUAAUGUUGUUUUUGAGGGUAAGCUAUCUUCUUUGAAGCAGGGGAAGGAAGAUGCUUCGGAAAUUACAAAGGGCCAAGAAUGUGGCAUAACAUUCGAUAAUGGAUUUGAAGGUUACGAGGCCAAUGAUAAGAUCAUUGUUUAUGAAAGAGUCAAAGUACCAAGGUUUUUGUAA